AUGCCGUCUCGCGCAGCUGCAGUGAGUGCCACUGCUGGCACACCCAAGGUCCUCGUGUACACCGCGACGGCCGGAUACCGACAUGACUCCAUCCCAACGGCCAUCCAAGUGCUCGGGGACCACGCAUCCGACUAUGGUGUGGACUUUGUCUUCAGCGAAAACGCAUCCCUCUUUGUCGACGACACCCUCAGCGGAUUCGACGGAGUCAUGUUUGUCUCCAACUCGGACGAAGUCCUCGACAACACGCAACAAGGCGCCCUCCAACGCUUCUUCCAAAACGGCGGCGUCUACACGGGCGUCCACGCGGCCUCAGCAUGCCUCUUCAACGACACAACCUACCUCCAGGCCGUCGGCGCGCUGUUCGACUACCACCCAGAGAUCCAGCAAGCAACAUUCGAGAGACUCAACACGACCCACCCGGCCACCGCACCCGUCCCAGACAAGUGGACGUUUGAGGAGGAAGUCUACUACUUUCGCUCGGACCCGCGCAGCGUGGGCGCGACGGUCCUCAUGACCGUGGACGAAUCAAGCUACGUGAACAAUGGCACCAGUACGGGCAGUUACCCGUCCAUGGACGACCCUCACCCCAUUGCGUGGUACAUCGAGUCGCCCGAGAGCGCACUGCCGCUCGCGGACGGUGCGCCAAAGGCCGGCAGGUCGUUCUACACGUCCUUGGGCCACCUGAAUUCUACGUGGGAGAACAGCACAUUCAUCGAGCACGUCUUUGGCGGCCUGACGUGGGCGCUGGAUGGCGCGUCGACCAAGGCCUACGGCGUGGGUCUGGUCGGCAACGCCAACGGAACAGUGUCGAACAGUACAAACACGACGGUGUCGGCGAGCACGGCGCCAGUGAGUUCCGGCGCCUCUGCAACCACAAGUGCUGGAGCCGAGGCGAGCACCACCGCCGCAAAGAGUUCGUCUGCGGGCAGGACCUUGGCAGCCGCUGGCGGAGUCCUUGGUGCUGCUGCCCUUGCCGCAAUUAUAUAA